CACGUCAAAAUGGCACCCGCGGUCCCACCUCUCGAUGAACAAAUAUUCCAAAGCCCCGAAAUUCUCGCUGGCCUCCCAGGCGGGAGCAUCAAUUCCGACUCGAUCCUCUGGUAUUUCAUGAACAGUCCCUUCUACGACCCAACCUCGAACAACAGCGCCCUGUUCAAUCAGCUUCGCAACGACCCCAAUGGCAUGGCUAUAUUGCAGGACCGCCGUGCGCUCGAGGAGCGUCUUCGUGCUGGCUUCCCAACCGGCAUUUCGUACGUCGUGGCCUCGGAGCCCUCCACGCCCGCGGAGCCGUGGAUCAUCCAGCGACAGUUCGUUGCUGAGAAGGGCGGCCCUGUGCAGAUCCAGGGCACAUACUAUACAGCAGGAAUCCAGAUCUUAAUGGCACCCAGCCUUCUGGAUGUCAUAAACAGCCGCUUGCUCAGCGUGAGCACGCACAUGGCCGAGGUAUUCGAGGAGAGCGAGAAAAUGAACCAAUUCGCCCCGGGGACCGCUCAUUCCUACUUCCCGGCGCGAUACGAUGCGACCGGUCGAGCAGCGACAGCGAGUCGUAUAGGAAGUCGGGUUGGAAGCCCGACGCUCGCGGCCACAGAUCCCGGCACCGCCGUGCCUUCACUCUCCCAAUCCCAAUCCCAAUCCCAGCCCACGACGACUGCCUUCUCCGACGCACAGUUCCUGUCUUCCCUGCAGCUCACCAGCAGCUACUACCACGAGUUCAUGGACGAAAACCCGCUCACGGGCGAACCAGGCGCCUUCAUCUACAAUAAAACCUACGACGCGGUGCUCGCCGAACAAGCCCAGGAGCGCCAAAAGCAAGAGCAGAAACAGCAGAAACAGCAACAGUUGGCAGAUGCGGCCGCCGCCGCCGCUGUCGUAGCCACAGCAUCCGCGAAUACCACCACCAACGCCGCGUCUGCCGCAAUGAAGACGGAGCCGCAUAGCACGACCAACUCGGCUGCUGCGACCCCCAAGACAGGCCCAGUGGGUACCCCUGCUGCCCUCGUCGCUGAAGCGCAUAGUCGCAAGGGGAGUAUCUCAGGCACCAAGAAGGAGAAGCGGAGGAAGAGCAAGGGGCUUGGAAGUCCUGUCACCCCGACCGCGGGGAGCCUCCCGCCGAAUCUUUGA